GGCUGCGGCAAAGCUCUUUUCGAAUAGUUAUACGCCGUACAGCGAUCGGUUUAGACGUGGUGCACACACAUUGUAUUCUUUAAAGCUUAGUCUUAGGCAAAUUUAGUGAAAAUUGUUGAGUGAAAACAGCAUAAAUUUACAAAAGUAAAAUGUCAGCGACAACAGAAGUGUGUACAAAUGGGACUGCGGAAAUCAUUAAAAGUGCAACGGAAACUACUAAUCAUAGUGUUGCAGCCAAAGGCGAAACGAAUGCUGAGAGUCAAAUCCCCGAAUGGCUGAAAGCGGAACUAUUUGUAGAUCUGCUGCAGAAAAACGUACCAAAUUUUAAGAGCAUUAAAAAUUUCACAGCCAAAGUCUGGGAAGUCGCUGGCGAAAAUUUAGUCAAUGUCUUGGCAUCGGUGAAUUUAGACGCAGAGCUUGAAGAUGGAAAAUUACAAAAUUUGUCAUAUAUGAUCAAACUACCCAUCGACGCGGUACAAGAACUAAUGGCGAAUUAUCAUAAUCUAAAUGAUAACGAAAAUGUCAUGUAUAAAGACGUGAUACCGGAAAUGGAGAAAAUGUAUAGAGAUGCGGGAGUUGAAGUGAAAUUCGGAACAAAAUCUUACGAUCUAAAAACGCCAUCCAAAUUCGGUGUUGUACUCAUGGACGAUUUACGUCCCCAUGGUUUCAAAAAUGUCAACCGUAUUGAGGGUUUCGACAUGGAACACACCAAGGCCRCAUUGAAAAAGUUGGCACAAUGGCACGCCGCCUCAGCGGUGCGUGUUGAAACCAAAGGACAAUAUCCAAAAGUAGUUACUGAUGGAAUAUUUAACGAGGGCAUGUUAGCAAUGAUGGAACUGAUGAUUGAAUUAACAGCGCCAUUAUAUAUGGAAUGUGUUCGCACGUAUGAGGGUCAUGAAGAGUACUACGAUAGUUUGCAAAAAAGUCACGAGUAUUUUGCAGAGGAAUUUCAUUCGCUACUGRAAAACGAUCCAAAUGGGUUCAAUGUUUUAAAUCAUGGAGACUUUUGGGCCAACAAUAUUAUGUUCCAAUAUGAUGACGCGGGUAAACUGAAGGAAACAUAUUUCGUUGACUUUCAGAUGACGCAUUAUGGUUCACCGAUAUUUGAUCUAUAUACUUUGCUGCUAUCGUCAACGAGCUUGGAUGUGAAACUAAAGCAUUUCGAUUAUUUUAUUAAAUACUAUCAUGAUAAUUUGAUUGAGUACUUGAAAUUACUGAAAUAUCCCAAAAAAUUACCCACCCUAAAGGAAAUCCAUGCCGACUUGCUCAAAAAUGGCGCUUUCGCUUUAAACUUAGUUGUUGGACACUUAUCCCUCAUGCUGAUCGAUUCAAAGGAAGUACCUAAUAUUACCAAUUUAAUGGACAUGACAGAAGAUGGCAUGGCUCUUAAAAGGAAGAUCUAUACAAAUUCACGUUAUCGGAAACACGUGGAGGUACUUUUUCCUUGGCUUUAUCAUCGUGGUGCUUUCUAUUGACUAAGGUACAACAAUUUGUUCCUAAAAGGAAUUUUUAUAGUCAGUGUACACUGACCUAUAGCAUAUAUGUAUAUAAUUUUAAUUGAAAUAAGUGUAUAGAAAAAUUGAUGGUAAAUUGCUUUUGUUCCAAUGCUAAUGCUAGAGUGCUAAUUGGAAAACACUUUACGUUAAUAUAAAAGACACAAUAAAAAUAAAUAAAAACGGUAAAAACGAUAUUUAUUUUAAAAUAA